AUGACGAAGUCAGCCAGAGCACCAAACCCACCUCCAAUCGUUCCUUCACGCCAAGGAUCCUCAGGUGCUACAGAAGAGCCUGGCUUUCGUGGCUGGGGUGUUUUCUCUUUUCCACCGUCCAACCGAUUGAUCAUAACCACGGGGAAGGGAGUGUACAUCUGGGAUGUUUACGGUAUCUCUGAGAUCUUUCGUUCAGGCUCUGAAGGCAUUGUUGCAGCCAAGAAGAUUGCCAGCAGUAGAGAAAUGCUCGCUAUCGCCGACAGUCAAGUGGUGGUGCUGCACGAUAUCAGUGGAGGGAUGCAGAGAAGCUAUCGAUUGAAAGGAUCAGACGGCCAAGUCAGGCUAUUGAAGUAUGCCAAAGAGUCGAGGAACCUCUUCUUCACAACUACACUUCAGAACUCCGUCCAAUCGUACUCCUUGAAGCACUCUAAGCUUCUUGACCCCGCCCAUACCCACCCUUCACCUCCGUCUGUCUUCGCUCUCUCCUGUACUUCGCAAUUCUUACUUUCUACAUCACCCGCUCCGCCAACGAUCCACCUUACGAGCUUAGCAUUCAGAACGCCACCGGUACUACUGCGUCCUCAGUCCUCCUCAUCUGCGGUAGUCGCUGCCGAAUUUCACCCAGAGCGAGAGAACUACUUCUGUCUCGCGUUUGCAGACGGUACAGCUGCAGUUUACGACGCCGACUACUUCUACGACAGCCAUGGCAAUGGCGAACGUCGCGAAAAUCCUGGGGUGUGGGGCUCUGGUGGCGAAAAGGCGUUCAUGAGAGGGCUUCACCUAGGGAAUAUGACCAAGAACGCGGCGACAGAAGGUCGUGUAACUCUUGAGGGUUAUGACCCUAGUAUAGAUCUAGGCGGUAUUGGACCGAAGGAAUCCGGCAUAUCGGCAGUGGCGUUUGUACCGGGACGCAAAGCGACAGUCGUCACCGUAGGUGCUGACGGCAAAUGCUGCGUUGUCGAUUUUACGCAGCCUACCAAGCACAAGGCAGUCUUGCUUAAGUCGUGGCAUAUCAGACGACCAGCAACAAGUCUAUCAAUCGUCUGUUCGACAAAGAAAGUCAUCAUCGGUCAAUUCGACGGAGCAGAUGAUGCUGAGCCUGAACAGAGACAUGACUUACCGAACGAGUCAUACUAUAUCGCUGUGGGCCGUUCAGAUGGGAGGGUGCUGCUUUUCGAUCUCGAUGGCAAGGCACUGGGAGAACAAGCUUUGGAUGACAGAGGUGCUCGAGUUAUCGAUGUGGAAUGGACACAGAUUGGAAGCGGCGCCAUGCUCCCACACCAGAACAUCGGCUCUGGUAUUCGUCGAUCGCCUGUUGUUAAGAGGAAGCGAAAGAGCCUGGGAAGCUCGGUGUUUGCUGAACCCCGCCCAUUACAAAAGGAAAUUCUAGCUAUGUCGUCCAAUAUCGCUGAGCACUCCGAGGAUCCUCUAUUCGACUUCACUACUCCACGUAAGACGCUAGGAGCUUUCCACUGGGAGCCGCCCUCCAAAGAGUCCACAAUGGCAGCAAUGAAUCCUCGAGAUGGUGUCCGAGAGGGCAAUGCAAUUGUGGGGCCAGAUAAAUCCAACAACGACAGUCAAGAAAGGCCUACUCAUUUCACUACGAGAAGCUCCAGUGCGACUGUACAGAGAAAAGCUAUAGAGAGUUCUUCGCAGACCGAGACAGAAGAAUCAUCGUCAUUUCAAGCAUCGAUCGAAGACGGCUCGACUCCACCCAUACCACCAAGGCCUAGCCCCAAGCCAGGAGGUCGGCUAUCGAUGCGUCGCGCUCAAACAUCUCGCCAGUCUGACAUCCAGAGUACAUCUUACCUGAGUAUGAUGGCCAAGGCAAGAAAAGUGAGCGCUAGCAAUCCUAGAUUGUCUAAAGGACUCUCUGUUACCAACCCUCCGACAAAGACGAAGGUCCUUUUUGGCCCUCGCAAACCGCCUAGCCCUAGAACGAACGACUCUCAAGACAAUGCCGAGGCUUCGGAAGUCCAUUUCAUGUCCGAGCAGUCCGAGCAGCCCGAAGACGCAUGGCUGGAUGUUCCCCCCAAGACGCCUCAACGUGCUACCCAAGUUUCGCCAGUGUCUUCCGCAACCAGUAACAAAUCCUACAAAACAGCGGUGUCGCAUCUUCACACGUCGGAUUCAACGGAACGUUCUGAUGAUACUGUAGUCGACUGGACUGCGGGCUUGCCACGCCAGCCCGUUCCUACUUUGCAAAUCACCCACCCGUCCGGCGAAAGACCCUCCAAGGCGAAGUCUAAGAGAAAAGGCCAUGUUAGCUUGUCUAUCUCCUCCGGAGUCCGCUGGUACAUCCAUGCCAACCCCUUCUAUCUCUGA